UCGGCCCCCCUCCCCGUCGCAUCUCGCAUUCUCGCGGAAUCGCUUGCUGCUUCCUACUGGCGCGGCCUGCCGCUCGCUCGCUCGCCAUUGCUGACCUCACCAGCAGCCUCGUCACCGCGAGGCGCGAGUUAGUUGCAGGCCUCGCUCCACAUUGCCGCUGCCGCUAUAUAAAGCACUUGCCGCACGCGAGGAGAUUAGCCUGUUAGUUCCGUUGGAGAGCGGCACAAGAAACCGAAGGGGAUCAAGGAAGGUGGGGAGGGGAGGGAUGGUGUUCUUCUGCUUCCUUGUGGACCAGCGGCGGACGGUGCGGAGCAGCAAGCCGGCGGCGGGGAUCUGCUCGCGGUGCGGCGGGUGCGCGAGCGUGGCGGACAUGGAGACCGCCACCAGGGUCUGCUACCUGCUCACCGUGCACCGCCGCACCUGGCGCGCCAUCAUCUGCACCUUCUGCGGCGCCAUGCUCAAGUCCUACCGCCACUACAGGCUCUACUGAUCGAUCUCCAUCCACGGCUUUCUUCGUCGCCUCGUGAGGUGUAGUCAGCUAGCUCGCGAUCUGCAUGUGUUCUUGGUCGGUGAUCUUGCUCUCGGCGUGCGACUGUUGUUUUUUUUUUUGUUUUGUUCCCGCUUGAUUACGCUCGGUUUGCAGAUUGUAAUGGCAGCUCGCGCGCAUUGCCUGUGCAUGCAUGUAAAUUUGGGAUGAACUGUGCCAUGAAGUGAACCCUGUGUCCGACUAACAAAGUCCUCGCAUUGAGUCCGUAUCGAAUUUUCUUCUGAAACAA